AAUGGACUUUUGCCACAUCGUUAUCCUUAUUCUUUAAUUCUGAGAAUAUGCAAUAGAACAUCACCGCCAAUGACGUAUGCUCAGACCCGUGCAUUAUUCGUUUUCAAUACAUUGCCUUUCGUCGGGUUCGGAUUUCUGGACAACAUGAUUAUGAUCGUUGCAGGACAAUACAUAGACCAGAAGCUUGGUACGUUAUUAUGUUUGUCCACUAUGGCUGCCGCAGCUUUUGGCAACCUCAUCUCAGACGUAGCGGGCAUUGGACUUGCCCAUUACGUGGAGAGCUUUUUUAAUAAGCUGGGAGUAAAACAUCCAGUCUUAACUUCGGAGCAGUUGAGUAGUGCUCGAGCCCGGUGGACGACUAAUGGGGCGCGUGCGUUUGGCCUUAGCAUUGGUUGUAUUAUUGGAAUGUUCCCUUUGUUAUUCUACGACGGCGAUGAUAAUGACUUUGCAGACAAAGAAGCCAAGAAAUCAUCCGAUCCUUCUGAAAAAUAG